CGCGCAGUCUCCUGAGGGGACAGGGUUUGUUCGCUCGGAGCUGAGGGAGGGCGGGCCGGUGUCCGUUUGGUGUCCGAGUGCCAGCUCCUGUCACACAACACCCGCUCAUCUCGCAUCAUGGGCACCCGGCACCGCCGCUGAGGGCCUGGUCCCGGACACUGGCCCACCGUUUGUUGAUCUUUAUUUCCUCUCACACAUCCCUGUCCCCCGAUUGACCGGUCCGUCAGGAAGGGACGGAGUGACCGACCAUUCGGACUUGGCCCCCGCCCACCCCCCCCCGUCACGGUCCGGCCUCCCCUUCCCUUCAGGGACUGUGAGUGAGGGACGGGAAGAGGGAGCUGUGCAAACAACCCCCGGGUAGAGACCAAUCGCCGGGGGGGGGGUCCCUGAGUAGGUGGAGGCGGCGGCGGCGGCACUGGCUGGAGUUUGAGAUCCAGCCCCCCCACCUCCGCUGGACCGUGAAUCCGUAGCGGGCCGUGGGGAUGGAGUGGGGGCUGAAGGCCGUCCUCUCGUCCUGCACCCUCGUCGCUCUGUGUGCCUCUUUCACCGCCCCGCCGAAAGUUUAUAGCAACACCUGGGCGGUGCGGAUCCCCGGCGGGCAGCAGGAGGCCGCCAGGGUGGCCAGGGAACACGGCUUCAUCAACCUGGGGCAGAUUUUUGAUGAUUAUUAUCAUUUUCGGCAUAAUGGGGUGACGAAACGAUCAUUGAAUCAACAUGCGCAUCAUCAAAAUAAACUGCUACAGGAUCCUCAGGUCAAAUGGCUGGAACAGCAAGUAAUUAAGAAAAGGAAAAAGAGAGACAUUUACAUUGAACCAAAUGAUCCCAAAUUCCCACUGCAAUGGUACCUGCAUAACAUGAAUCAUCAUGACUUGAAUGUGAAAGAAGCCUGGAAGCAGGGCUAUACUGGAAAGGGUGUUGUAGUGUCUAUUCUGGACGAUGGGGUUGAGAAGAAUCAUCCAGACCUAUCUGCAAAUUAUGAUCCAGGUGCCAGUUACGAUGUGAACAAUAAUGACCCUGAUCCUCAGCCCCGUUACACACAACUCAAUGAUAAUCGACAUGGAACACGGUGUGCUGGUGAGGUGGCAGCUGUAGCCAACAAUGGAAUUUGUGGUGUGGGGGUGGCAUAUAAUGCCAGAAUCGGGGGUGUGCGGAUGCUAGAUGGAGAAGUGACUGAUGCUGUAGAAGCUCAGUCUCUUAGUAUGUAUCCUCAACAUAUUGACAUCUACAGUGCUAGCUGGGGUCCAGAGGAUGAUGGGAAGACAGUGGAUGGUCCUGCUAAGUUAGCACAAGCAGCAUUUUUUAAAGGCAUUUCUCAGGGACGUGGUCGUCAGGGCUCAAUAUUUGUGUGGGCUUCUGGGAAUGGUGGCCGAGAACAUGACAGCUGUAACUGUGAUGGAUAUACAAAUAGUAUCUACACCCUUUCAAUCAGCAGUACAACACAGAAUGGGAAUGUACCUUGGUACAGUGAGGCAUGCUCCUCAACACUUGCCACCACGUAUAGUAGUGGAGGUCAAUUUGAAAAACAGAUCGUUACCACUGAUCUCAGACAAAAGUGUACAGAAUCACAUACUGGAACUUCUGCAUCUGCUCCUCUUGCUGCUGGAAUCAUUGCCCUUGCACUGGAAGCAAAUAAAAAUCUGACAUGGCGGGACAUGCAGCACCUUGUGGUACGGACAUCCAAACCUUCACAUCUUUCAACUAAUGAUUGGAUUACCAAUGGCGUUGGCCGCAAAGUCAGUCACUCCUAUGGCUACGGGCUUUUGGAUGCUGGUGCUAUGGUUGCAUUAGCUAAGAACUGGACAAAUGUUGGAGAUCAACAGAAAUGUGUCAUUGUUAUCACCUCUGAGCCAAAGGAUAUUGGUAACCGAUUGGAGGUACGGAAAAGUGUUGAUGCAUGCCUUGGAACUUCAAAUUUUAUCCGCUCCUUAGAGCAUGUGCAGGCAAGAAUUACGCUAUCGUAUAACCGGCGUGGAGACUUAGCCAUAUAUCUCACCAGUCCCAUGGGGACAAGGUCAACUCUGCUGGCACCAAGACAGCAUGACUACUCAUCUGAGGGAUUUACUGACUGGGCAUUCAUGACUACACAUUCCUGGGAUGAAAACCCCUCGGGAGAAUGGGUUCUGGAAUUGGAAAAUACUUCUGGUGCAAAUAAUUAUGGUACCCUGAGACAAUUUACAUUGGUUCUUUAUGGGACGGCGCCAACUAACAGCCAGCAGAAAUCGACUAACAUCACACUACCUGCCAACUGCAAAACACUGAACUCUCAGCAAGUGUGUACAGAAUGUGAAGGUGUAUAUUUUCUGCAUCAGCAAAGCUGUGUGGAAAAGUGUCCACCUGGUUUUUACAAAGGAUUCGUUGACAGCCUCUUGGAAAACAACAUUGAACCUUCACAAGUUUUGGCCUGCCUUCCGUGUCAUGCUUCUUGCCGCACAUGCAAUGGGCUUACAGCCAAUCGCUGCCUAUCUUGCCUCCCUCAUUCACACUACAAUGAAAUGGAAUUGAGCUGUUCACCCCAGAUGCAAGUCAGUAGGGAAUCUCCCUUGGAGAAUGAGGAAGUAGUUGAACCACGUUCUGAAUCUCAAGUACCUAUAUGGUUUGCUUUUACCAUCUGUGCCUUCAUCAUAAUGGUAUUUUUUAUAAUAUUUAUAGUUCUUCAGGUCAGGUCAGGAUUCCAGUUCAGCAAAGUGAAAGUCUAUACUCUACAAAAUGGGAAAGGAAUUAUAUCUUACAAAGGAAUUUCUGACGUGUGGAAAGAUGGUGAUUUAUCCGAAUCGGAUUGUGAAGAAUUUGAUGUUGAGGGCCAAAGUGAAAGAACAGCAUUUAUAAAGAAAAUACAAAGUGCCCUCUAGUAUUUCUGUUUGUUGUUCCAUCCCAUUACUGAUGAAGGUUUGUGUGUGUCUCAUUUUCAUGGACUUCAGUGAAAAGUGUCUUAAAGUGACAAGAAAUCCACACCCAUUUUUAUACGGAAUAUGGGUGUUUGAAAUAAUGUUGGACACAAUCUCUUAAAGCUAUACUGUUAAUACUGGAAAUUGGGCAUUUUUCACAGCUCUUAACUGAGGUAGGUUGGUGUCUUUUUAGUUCCCAGCAAAAUGUGGUCAGGGCUAUAGAAUGGUAGAGUGGAAUGGAUUCUUUUUAAUUCAAUAUUGUAUGAUAGCUAAUUAUGGAAAUUUUAAGACUUCCAAAAUUGACAAUAGCACUAUACCUGGAUAAUUAGAAGUCACUUAAUUUUGAGGAGUUUGAAAUUACUAUUUAGAUUUUCAGAAAAGAAUUUCACAACUUGAUCAUAGGGGCCAGAAGCUUAACUGAUACUUGGUAAUGUCAUAGCUGACUUUUGGGUUCUAAAAAUGUUGGUUUCAAGAGUAUCAUUUUUGCACUUUAUUUUUUUUUUAAUUUCAUCCCUUAAAAUGCUCACUGUAUUGUAACUGAAGUUUGUAUUAAUUUUUUUAAUCUCUCAAUCAAAUCCCUCUGACUUACUGAGUCACUCACUGUCUCCAGUUGUUAGGUAUUCAGACCUGUAAGGUCACUGAAUUCCAGUCUGUGCUCAAUUAGGGUAUUCUAGUUAUGGCUCUAUACCCUUGGGGGUGGGGGGUGGGGCGGGGUGUCGGAGGCAAGGAAGGAACUGUGCUUCCUACUGCUGAGAAUGUACAUAUGGAUGUCUAACUCAAAUACAAGCUUGAUGAGCUCAAUGGCUGAUCAACUUGAUAAUGCUUCCUUGCCAGAGCUGAGAUGUGAAGAUUGGAACAUUGCUUAAGUGCCAAUGGCCUGACAGGAACUGUCACUCAACUUCAAUCGGCAGUUUUAAGGGAAAAAUUUAAAAAAUACGUGAAACUAGUUUGUCAGCAGGGAUGUCACGUUCUGGAGGACAUUAGGCACUGGCUAUUUUUGGGUUGAGAAUAAGUUGAUAAUGAAGACAAACCACGUGAACAUUUGUGUUCUUUGCAUAAUCGAAAUAAUUUGAGGUUGGUGCUAAAAUGGGCUAUUUGGUCAAGGAAGAACUAUGUUGCAGCAAGUUACUGAUUUAGUAAAAUUAUUUAAUUUACGAGCAAUAGCAACCAUUUGGGGACAAAAAGCCCCUAGGUAGUAUAAAUAUUUAUUGCACAUCACAUUACUUACCGAAGUGUUGAUUUGACACACCUCGGUAGCACUUUGUAUUGUUGCCAGAACUCUUGCUCCUAUUUAACACAGCAUCAUUUUCAAAUUGUCUUCCAGUUAUUUUAAUUGAAGUAUUUUACUAUGAGCAUACUGUAUGUCAUUGCUUGAAGUCUGAUCAGCUCCUAUAAAACAGCAAAUAGAGCAGGUUGAAAUUGGGCAUUAAAUGUGAUUUUUAGUCUAAAGAUUCACAUUUUCUUAAAGCAGGAUUCUACAUUUGGUAUGUAGGAUUUGUAGAUUCAAAAGUGUUCUUUUGUUGAUCUGUUUCUUAAAUUUUAAAGGAGCUUAUUUAGGUAUCUUUUUUCAUUUUAAGGAAAAUGCAACUGGUAAAUGGGUAGCGAGUUACCUCUGGCACCUAAACUGUAACCCAGCCAAAUCCGGUGCAGUGGGAGUUCAGUUUGUAGUUGUAAGGCCCUUAUUUGAAAUGAGUCUGGGAGUUUACAGUUUUAAUCCCAAAAGGUGUGGACCCAUUGCACAAAGUGCCCUUAAUUUGGUGAUGAUUCUGCAAUCUCUUUGAAAGGUUGUAGGGUGGUAGGUAUGGAAAAUGCUACUGAUGUCUGGUCCUCAAGCAGAGUCAAAAGCCAAACUUGGACAGGUCUGCUCUGAGCAGUUUUAUAGUCUGUACCCUCUGAUCAGUGUUGCUACUUCCUUAAGUAAACUUUGGAUGCGUAAAUUUUAGUUUUUCCCUUUUUACCAUUGGUGCCUCCUGACCUGAGAUGGUAUGUUGUGCUGAAAAUUCUGGAUAUUAGCUGUGAAAAAUGUUUACCUUCUCUGCUAUAAGUCUGUACAAAAGAGAAAACCUAUAAUGAGCACAAAACAUUGAGAUGGUUGGGAAGUCUUUCCAUUCAAGGAGGGGUGUUAAACUGAAAUGGGAAUUUGGAACAGCAAAAUCUUCAGACCAUUGAAACCCCCUCAGGGUGAUUCACUGACAUCAGAUUUUCUUCAAUGAAGCAAGAGAACUGCCUCAGAAGAUUAGUUUUUAAAGUACUGCAUUAUUCUUAAUUUUUAUGAUGCAUCAAAAAUUAUGGGGAAAAUGUCAAGCAUUCAAAAGAAACUUCAGGCUGGUCAAGGAAUAAUCUUAUCACAGAAUUUGGUUGCAUUUGCUAUAAGUGUGUAUUUUCGUAGCUCCUGCCUAGUCAAAUGAUCCAUUUGUUCCAUAUUUGGAAGUGUAGUACUAAACCUUUUAGUCCCAGUCAGCUUACCACAAGGUGUAUGUAGAAUAGCUGCACUGAUAGACGACAGAAAGAAAUCAAUAAAACCAGCACUUCAGUGCUGUUCCAUAUGCUCUUAACUCAUCACCUUAAGCUGUUCCCACCAUUACCCUAGCCAAUGCCUAGCUUGUUCCCUUCAGUAAUUCAUCCUACUGUUAUGACAAUAGUUUCCCUAGAACACCGAAGUCUAGAAGGAUAGUCUCUUGCUUAAUGCUCAGGGAGUCAUGGUAGACCUUUCAAGUAGACCUUUCGCAAAAGUUCAAACUUUUUGCAUUUCACCAGAAUCCAAAUGGGAAAAUGAUGCAUUCACACAACGUCAUGUUAUUUGUGUUGAGUUAUAAUAGUGAAAAUGCUGAGUUGCCGGUUUCAACGUUAAACAAUAAUGCAGGAGAUUACAUUUGACAAGUUUGAAAUCAGAUUUUGAAAGGAGUAUUAAGGAUGGAAUAGAUUGUUGCCUUGAGCCAAAUUUGAAAGUCUGUUCUGCCAGUGGCUGAGCUGAAUUGUAAAUGCCCAAAUUUCUCCUCUUAACCAGGAUGUAGGAGUAUGCCUUGGUUGGGGAGAUUUAAUUUUAUUCUGCAGAAUAACUUGCUAAAUGGGAAUGAUGUCUUCAGUGAAGCAUUGUGCUUGAAUCACAACCUUGCGCAUAGUUCUUACAAGCCAAACAAAAUGGAGUGGAAAGGAUUCUUUUGGACCUCAUGUGAAAUUGGCCAAUACUAAUAGCUAUAUGGUAAAAGCUCUAACAUUGGUCAUAUUUUCCUGCUUGCCUGAAGCCAGAACAAUAGUUGGGGUCCUACAUUUGACCUCAGUAUAAAAGUCUUUACUGUUCCUAAUUGGACACUGGUCAUUUUGACUGGAAAGUGCACGUGUAGGAAUGUCAACUAAUGAUAGGGCUCUGUUUGAUUCUGACCCUAUCUUAGUCAGACAACUACCUUCCAUUGGGCUAUGAUAUGGCCAUCUAGGUAAUGUAUAGCAGGAUAAACUAAGCCCAAUUAGAAUUACCACAUUCAGGAAUUGAGGCAAGAAAAAGUGUCAAGAGAACAAAAAUACUUUCUUUCUGAUGCUUUGUGCAAGCCAUAUUUUAAAAAUGGGGGUUUUAAAGGAUUUGAAGUUUUCAGGUAAAAUGAAAUGAUUAGAAUUUGUCCAAUUCAAGUUAUUCUGGUUUGUGGUCUGGUAGUUACAGUCUCGUCUAUAUGCUGCCAUCCCUGAGUGUCCUGUGUGAUUUAGAAGCCUUACUAACACAAUUCCUGACUUGUGUUUUCUAUUGACUUUGCACAUUAUGCACAAUAUUCUUUUCCCUCAUUAGUAAUGAAUCUCAAGCACUGAAUUAGUACCACAAUAGCAUUGCCAAGAUCCAGAGUGUUUAGGCAGUGCUGAUUUUUGUCUGGCUUUUUUGAACUUGAGUAAAGUGAUGGCACCAUGUGACUUUUAAUAAAGCAAUAUGAUUGUGGGCCUUGGGCUGAGGGUAGGAAGUAUGUGAUUGUCAAUCAAGAAUUCUUAAAGUUACUGUAAAUAAUUGUAAUAUAUAUUAUAAAUCACGAUUUCAUAAUAUGCAACCUCUGAGAUGUGUAAAGGAGUUGAGCAGUAUGUAUGUGCCCAUCUGGGAAAUCCUGAGUGGAGUUUGAUUGACCUGGUGCUUUGUUGGAUGAUGAAAUGGCUUUGCUUGUUCUGCUUUGUUCUUGCAGUGCAUUGUGGGAUACUUGAUGGGGUGGUGGGAAAGGGACCCAGCUGUAAUUGCAAUGCUAUUGCAUUGUAGCAGUCUCCUCUUGUACGGGAGGUUUCUGAAUCCUUUGUAUAGAUUUCCAUACCCAAGUUCCACCCCUAGCUGUAUUGUACCCAGGCACGUGGUGCUACAUUUCUCUUUCCAGUAAAGCACAACUGUUUUUCCAGAUGUAUUUCUGAUUGGGAAAGAAGGGGAUAAUCUUGCCUGUUCCAACUGGCUUAAUUUAGCCUCCAUAAACUAUUCUGUCCAUUCCUAAAACAUCUUUUCACUGAAACCGCUCCAAGUUCCCAUGUUUGUCAACGCACUUUAGAUUGAGUGACUAUUUUUGAUGAACCCCCAGGUAGUUUACCCUACAAAUCUCAAUUCCGUCUUUUUAUUCCAGCUCUUUGUUUCUCCACCCACCAUGUUGAAACACAAAACAAAAUCUUCCGGUUUAGGAAGGGUUGGGGAAAAUAGCUGGUGAAAUGGAUUAAUAGCAUUCUGGAGUAUACCUUGAAGAAAUUAUUGACGCACUAGCUUACAAAAUAUAUUGAGGAUGAACAGAUUAAUGUGGUCAUUUUGACCCCUUUGCACAAAUCUAACUAGUUUUAUCGUGCAAAACGUAUAAAUUGUUAUAGCUACCCCAGAGUACCAUUUGUUGACAAUGUGCUGGUCAGCAUUAGUUUUAUGCAUUUACAGUUAUUAAUCACAAAUAACCUAUAUCCUAACUAAGUAAAAACCAAGUGGCAGCAAUGUUGCACAUUUUGGAGAUUGAGUAUAGUUGUAGUUAAUAAAUAACAACACUUAAAUGGGUUAUGUUCUCUUUCCUUCCUGUCAUUUUGUGUAGCUUUGUUGCACUAAUAUAUUUUCAUUCCAAAUCUUGUCUUAUGCAUACUGAAAGUGGCUGUCCCAAGGGCUUGGCACAUGAAGGUAUUUUACAGGGUAGCACUGAGCCAUUUAGAACUGAAGGCUCCUAUAUUUGAUUCUCAGGAUGUGCCGAAUCACACAUUUCAGGCAAGAUGGCACUGCAGUUGGGCUCUGCACCUGAGAAUCAAGGUGGUGAAAUUUGAAUUUAUCUUGAUUUGUAUAGUACUAGUUAUGGUAAAAUACCCCAACAAUUCACAUAGCCAAAGCUUGUAUCUGAAGGUAUUUUUGAAGUGGAAGGCAGCUUGCACCUGUGAACUAAUAUCUUAGUCUGAGUUGAGCCUUUGGGAAAGGGAGGGAAUAAAUUAGGAGAUGGAGGAUAUGAGACAAAUGUGCAGCACCCAAAACCAUUCACAAACAUUAAAUUGAAAGGGCUACAUAAUCUCAAUAGCAGUUCUUAUUCCACAGUGCAGUGCACUAAAACUUGAGAGAUUCGGGCUGCUUGCUGUAAUGUUAAGUCCAAUUGCUAUAAUGCUGAUAUUGUGGGUGAUUUACCAAGAUAUGUAAACAGACAUAUUUUUGUACAAUAUAUAGUGCACAGUAAUUUUCUUGUAAUAUAAAAAAUUGCAUAACAAAUUACUCUUAUUUAAUGGAUGUGGAAAUAUUGUCAUAGAUUUACUUAAAGAAAUUAA